ACCGCCACAGCUUCAGACACCUGUGCCAGCGCCGGCUCGUGGACGCGCACCUCGGCGCGGGACUGCGCGCUCCCGAGCUGCUUAUCUCGAGCAGCGCCGACGUUGUGCUAUCCCGAAACAUCGCGUCGCCGCGAAGCUGCUCCGCGGCUCCUCGGACUGGAGCCAAACCAGCGGGACUAACUGACUCUCCCCGACUCGACGCACUUACACCGACCUCGUGUUUUUUUACCCAAGACACAUUCUCCUCUUUUUUUUUUCCCCCGUGUUCUUCUACAACAACGGGCUCAGGAGGCAACUGCAAGCAAAGCCAUGGGACAGGAUUGAGAGCCAUCUUCAUCUACCUGCGGGGGACACGACAGACAGAGACAGUGGUUAAAGACACGCGUCAUUCUAGGCUCGUGGGACACCGUGGAACUGCACUUCUUGAAAGCCUCUAGUUGUGUCGAGGAUUUAUUCGCUCAGAUCGAUCGGGGAUUGCGUGCUUUGGGAAGCGUGGCGUCAUGUCUUCGGGAUAAACGUGCUAUGUGUUUGAUGUGGGGAAUACCUUGUGGAAGGUGUGCAGCGGGAAAUAGACUAGGGGGACUCCAGGUGUGCGAUUAACCACUGCUUUCUGUGCCUCGUGUACAUGGAAUGAAAGACGCAGAAUGGAUGUUAUUUGGGAAAUAUUUAUCCUCCUUCAAGCCAAUUUUAUCAUCCACAUCCCAGCCGCACAGCCAAAUCCACCAAAAAUUCAUGAAGGCUGGUGGGCGUACAAAGAAGUGGUCCAAGGGAGCUUUGUUCCAGUGCCAUCUUUCUGGGGGUUAGUUAAUUCAGCAUGGAACCUCUGCUCAGUGGGAAAGAGACAGUCUCCGGUCAACAUAGAAACCAGCCAUAUGAUCUUUGACCCCUUUCUCACCCCGCUGCGCCUCAAUACAGGGGGACGCAAGGUGGGGGGGACUAUGUACAACACUGGCCGCCAUGUCUCUCUGCGCCUGGACAAAGAGCACUUGGUGAACAUCUCUGGUGGGCCCAUGACUUACAGCCACCGGCUGGAGGAGAUCCGGUUGCAUUUUGGCAGUGAGGAUGGCCAGGGCUCCGAGCACCUCCUCAAUGGCCAGGCCUUCUCUGGGGAGGUCCAGCUUAUACAUUAUAACCAUGAGCUGUAUACUAACUACACGGAGGCAGCAAAAAGUCCAAAUGGAUUGGUGAUUGUGUCUAUAUUCAUGAAGAUAGCGGAGUCUUCAAAUCCAUUUCUAAAUCGCAUGUUGAAUAGAGACACCAUCACAAGAAUAACAUAUAAAAAUGAUGCAUAUUUACUAACUGGGCUAAAUAUUGAGGAAGUAUAUCCAGAGACCUCAAGCUUCAUUACUUACGAUGGAUCUAUGACCAUUCCCCCGUGCUACGAAACAGCAACGUGGAUCCUGAUGAAUAAACCUGUCUAUGUAACGAGGAUGCAGAUGCACUCGCUGCGCCUGCUCAGCCAGAACCAGCCGUCACAGAUCUUCCUCAGCAUGAGUGACAACGUGCGGCCUGCGCAGCCCCUCAACAACCGAUGCAUCCGGACCAACAUCAACUUCAGCAUGCAGGGCAAGGACUGCCCCAACAAUAGGGCUCAGAAGCUACAGUACCGAGCCAAUAUAUCUCCACAAUAGCCGCACAAAACGUGAAUUUUACCCUGCAGCAUAAAUAAUUGAGGUCAAGAGUUAAUGAGUGGCUUCUAAAAUAGAAACCCCUAUGAUGAACACAGAUAUGGGUAUUAUAACAGAAAUCCAGAACAGUGGCAAAAUACAGCUUCUCCUAACAGGAUCAAGACUGCAUUGCUUUUUCCCUGCCAGGUUUCAUGACAUCAUGUAAUAAAAAUAAGCAUAAACAAGAAAAGACUUUGCCUUUGCCAGCAAAGAUCCUAAUUUCAUACUUCAAGAACAUUUGAAUCAAACACUGACUAGUAAAGAAACUAAUAUAUCUAUUAAAAUGUUUUGAUACCUAACUUUUUGGGAGGAAAAAAAUGAAACUGAAAAUAUAUGAAAGACAGCCAUGUCGCCAAUGGAUAUACAUGUGACUUUUUAGCGUUUGUACAUACGAACACCUCGCUGAACAUGCAGCGGAAGCAGAUCAACCAUUCAGGAGGAAGACUGCGAAGGCGUCAUCUUUACAUUCGGUCAUUGUGUGGAGAGAGGCAUGCAGGUUGUGAGUGGGUGGCAAAGGACAGCUAUCCAUCGAUGUAUUCGACAGUCUCGAAUCAAAACUAUGUUAGAAAAACAUUGAACAAUACUGUCUGCGUGAAACUGAGUGUUUUGGCCUUGUAAAUAGUAUUAUUAUUAUUAUUAUUGAUUAUUAUUAUGAUUAUUAUUAUUACUAAUGCUGAAAAUGAGUAAACAAAAAGGAAACAAAAAAAACUAAGAGGAAAAAAUAUGAAUAGAGUUGAGUAUUUUAUGCUUGGCGCACUUUGAAUUCUGGAGCAGUUCUGAGCUGAUGCCUUUCUUUCUGUUUUAUUGUUUACAAUGGUCAUACACUGUGUUUGAUUAAUGUU